AUGCAAGGGGCACACAUCAGGUCCGAGGGCGCCACAGACCACGAGGCAGGGGGAAAUACACAACUGCUGGAUAUUCAAAAGGAAUUGGAGGCGCUGCAGCAGCGCCGUGCCGUGCUUGAGGAACAGCGCAAAGUGAUUCUUAGCGGUUGUAAUUCUAUUGCCUCGGCAAGUGCCAUGCAAUGUACAGUGCUCAGCCACGAAGCUCCCAGUGAUGCCGCUGGUUGUACGCGUACACAGCUCACGCGGAACAGUUCUGUACGCCACCCCGGCCCUUCCAGCAUCAACAAUAGCUGCCGUAUUCCUUCGGAGGCGGAGCGACUAAGGUUGUUGAAAAAAAAUGUUUUUAGAGAGAUGAAAGAUUCCAUGCGAAACAGCUGGGAAAGAGACAGCGCACUGGUCAUGGGAAGCUUCCUGCUGGAGGAUAACCCGCAUGCAGGUACCUUUGGGCGUGAGCGGCGUUUUGUUCCUGUUCAGAAUAUUAAGGGCACGUACUAUCUGAGCACCGAUUUGGAGCUGAUGCAGCGUCAGAAGAAUGCAUUUAUGGCCAAUGCCACUGCGUCCGAGCGUGGAAGGCGAGGAAUGAACGUCUCAAACCAUUGGAAUGAUCUCCAUUGCAGCGGUCCACCAGGGCCGGGCGCCUACACGCCACGUUACGGCAAGUUGGCAAAGCCUUCCAUUCUUACACGAAGGUGA